AUGGAACUUUCUUCUGGAAUUCGGAAGCUGCUUUCCGGUGUCAAAACCAACAAAUCUACACCUUUUAACCUGAACUCAAUGCCUUAUCACUGCUAUCAAGAUGUUUCCAACCUGCAAUGCUAUCAGAAUGACUUUUCCAAGCUAGAAGAAUUGACUCGGGUUCUGGCGAACAUGGAUGCAAUUAAUGGAAAACUUGUUGACACAAUUAGUAAUUCAACCAUUUUUGAUGAGCAGAUUAAGCAUGAUAUGUGUACCUUCAAGUCUCUUGUCCGGGCCUUUAUUGGAUCUCCACCAGUUCAGCACAAAAUGAAACAUGUUCUGGUCUCCACCAUGGGAACACAAAAUGAACCAUUUUCUCCUUUCAGUCAAGCAAGAGAAAGAGAACCUAUAGUGAUUGAUAACCUUGCCAAAGUGAGCAACUUUCUUGAUGUUUCUACUCAACAAAGGAAAGUAGUUCGUCUCAAAGUGUGUCCACAGGCAACCCAGCACCGCAUAUUGACUGGUACACUCAAGGAAGUUCUGAAUAAUUUUAAAGUUGAUUUGGAUGCUUUGGAUUCUCAGGGCUUAGACAAAGAUACUAUAAUGGGUCAGCAAAUUGUUCUUACCUGCCUGAAGUUUCUCACUGAAGCUGCUGUUUCCAAUGAACCUGAAUCCAAUUCAUGGAUGAGGCUUUCACCUUCAAAUAAUGUCAACACCUCUGGUUCCCGGAAAUGGGAAGAUGUUCUUGAGAUGUUCAAUGAUCUGAUCAAGUAUUUUAGAGCCGAAACAAGAUUAAAGUUGCAUGUGGCUAAGGCUGAAGUCAUGAAAGAAGGGCUUUUGCAAAUCAAGGACAUUUUGAUUGACAACAGUAUUGGAUACAAGGAAGCUAGACACCAAGAACGCCUGGUGCAAAAGAAGCUUUCCAAAACAUUGGGACACUCAUCUCGCUGCUUAUUCACGCUAUUAUUAUAUUACCUCUUUGGAAGAGUCUCAGAUAUUGAAGUAGACAUGGCUGGUGGAGUUUACAAGAGUGGAAGCGACAACAAGAACUGGUUGUGUCUGGGAAGAAUUUUGACUUCAGAUAGUGAGAAGAUGAUUGGGCGCGGUGUGAAGCAGUUGGAUAAAGCACCUAGCCUUUUCAAGUUUGUAUGGGAAACUGCUGAAAUGAAAGAUGAUUUGGAUCUUGAAGGCCAUUUGUGGUGUGUUGGAGAACACAACAGGAUGCUUAGGUACAGAGGAAACACAUACUUUCUUCAUGGGAUUUGUCUCUAA